GCGCGGAGCCCGGCACGCCAUGCCCGCGGAGGCCGAGAUGCCCUGCCUCCGCCUGAUCAAGCCCAGCGAGGUCGAGGAUCUCGACAUGGAGCCCGUGGAGGCAAAGGCCAGGGAGCAGGCCCUGGCGAUCAUCAACGACGUCAGGGCGGAGGGUGAGGCGGGCCUCCUCAAGUACGCGAGGCGCUUCAAGGAGAGAUCCCAGAGAGUUCCAGCGAGAUCCUGCUGUCACGGGACCAGCUGGAGAAGGCGUUCCUGGCCCUCCCUGCCGAUCAGCAGGGCCUCCUCCAGCGCACGGCGGCGCGCGUGCGGGCCUUCGCGCUGA